GGUAAACUUCCGGGGGCGUUAAUCGCAGGUGGCGGUGUAGCGUUUAUUUUAAUCAGUAUUAAAAGGCCAGCUAGCAAGCACCACGCUCGGCUUCUUUGUUCUAGAGAGACAAAAGAGUUUUUAUAAUGUCGUUACGGGUUAUUAAACACACGAAGGAUCCUAUCGAAACAUUAGAAAAAAUGCUGAAUAAGACAACUUUAACAACACAGAGACUUAGUCAUUAUCAGAUAAUAGAGUUAGGCGACAAGAUCCUUGCGAGCAGUAGCCACGGAGACAGCGAGGACAGGGAGAAUGCUGUACAGGAAGCUGUAGCCGCGUCUGAGGUCAGGGCCACACGAGAGCUGAGGGCGGCCCUCAGGCGGCUCAGGCAGGAGAAGGACGAGGAAAGGGCCAGGGCUUUGGAGAAGCAAAAAUGGUAUUUUGAACGGCUGGCAGCUCGUAUCUCUGAUCAAAGGGACAGAGCAGAGGCGGAGAGGAUGAAAGAACUGAGGAAGAAGAUGGAGGAGGAGAAAGAGGAGGCUCUGAGGCUGCAGUGGGAGGAGUGCGAGAGGCUGAAAGAGGCGGCUGUCACUGAGGCAUGCGAGGCCUUGAGGAGGAAGUUGAGAGAUGAGUUCAGUGUGGAGAAAGAGAUGGCAGUUGCUGAAGCUCUACGUAAAGCCAGGGAGUUAUUUAAAAAGCGAGAGCAGGAAGUGAUAGAUCUAACAAGAGAGGAAUGUGAAGAGAAGGCAAGGAAAGAGGCUGAAAGAGUUGCUGCCCUUCAUAGAGCAGAAGUUGACAAGUUGAAUUUAAGGCAUGAAAUUCUGCAGAAAAAGUAUCAGAAAGAACUGGCUCAUAAAGAGAGAGUUGAAAAUGAUUUCAGAAGGCUUCAGGAGGAUUAUAAGAGGUUUAUGGAUCACACGGAUGGCAGGUUUCACUCAGAUUACCUGAUGAGGUUGCGCUACCUGGGCAUACAGCUGGCUGAGAAGAAAAUCUCCACUGUCUCAUACGAAGAUGUGGAGCCCCUGGUCUUAGGGAAAAAGUGUUCAUGAUUUUCUUAGACUGCUGAUAACUGUAUAACAACCAAUGUUAUGGUGUUCAGGCUCAUGAUUUUCUUAGACUGCUGAUAACUGUAUAACAACCAAUGUUAUGGUGUUCACACUCAUGUUCAUGAUUUACUUAGACUGCUGAUAACUGUAUAACAACCAAUGCUAUGGUGUUCACACUCAUGUUCAUGAUUUCCUUAGACUGCUGAAAACUGUAUAACAACCAAUGUUAUGGUGUUCACACUCAUGUUCAUGAUUUUCUUAGACUGCUGAUAACUGUAUAACAACCAAUGUUAUGGUGUUCACACUCAUGUUCAUGAUUUUCUUAGACUGCUAAU